AUGAACGCCCCCUUCGUGUACUACUCCCUGGCUCUGGACUUGGGAGGUUUCGAAGUUACCAGCAACGAAUGGUCUUCGUUUAUGAACAUAGCAUACCGUUACGUGGAAGCCCUGUCGAACAGAAAUUCUGCAACAUUCUUCCCCUUCAUCGACUGGUGGUCUCACCAAGCAUCCACUGCCGACCUUUUACGUCCUGUCCAAUUCCCUGACGUCCUUCCCUCCAAUGCGAACAUGUCGUCUCACCCAUCUGUCCUCCAUAUAGAAGGAGACUUCACUUCUAUGCAUCAUGGCCUACCGCCAUCGGAGACCAAAUACGAUAUCGUUGUAACCCUGUUUUUCAUCGAUACUGCUAGAAAUUUGAUGUCCUAUUUCGAGACUAUACGCAAGUCGCUCAAAGAUGGAGGAACGUGGAUUAACCUCGGUCCAUUACUUUAUGGUAGCGCGCCGUUUUUGCAGCUUUCCUUGGACGAAAUUAUUGAUGUCUGUGAAGGCUUAGGGUUUGAGUUCCUUGAUACUGAUCCGAAGUGCGGAGAACUCACACUAAACGGAAAGAAGGCUCGAGGCACGACGGUACCAUAUGGGCUAAGUGAGAGAUCAUUAUCUAAAAAUGCGUACAAGGCGCAAUUUUGGGUUGCGAGGAAAACAAAGAAUGGCGUUUGA